UGCGCAUCCUCGGAAGCCGGCGGCCUGAAGAUCGGCGGCGGCGGCGGCCUCGGCCGGGCUUCCCAAUUGGAGGGGUCGCGGAUCGCUCAGAGGCGGCUGGGCCCCUGCGGUUCCGCCGCCACGGGCGGCCCCAUGAGUCGGGGCACCAUGCCGCAGCCCGGAGCAUGGCCGGGAGCGAGCAGAGCGGAGCAGCUCACCCGGGAGGCGGGGGCCGCGUCCCCGGGCCCCGCAAGAGCCGCGGCGCGGGAGGGCGGGAAGGCGGCGGCCGGCGGGCAGCCGCGAGCCGCGGUGCGGUGCCCGGCGGAGCAUGAGGAGGACAUGUAUCGUGACGCGGAUGAAAUAGAAAAGGAGAAAGAAUUACUUAUACAUGAAAGAGGGUCAUCAGAACCCAGAUUAAGUGUAGCCCCUGAAAUGGAUAUCAUGGACUACUGCAAGAAGGAAUGGAGGGGAAAUACGCAAAAAGCAAUAUGUAUGAAAAAGGGCUACGAGGAGGUGUCUCAGAAAUUCACAUCCAUAAGGCGAGUCCGUGGAGAUAAUUACUGUGCGCUGAGGGCCACGCUUUUCCAGGCCAUGAGCCAGCAGGUGGUGCCGCCCCCUUGGCUGCAGGACCCGGAGCUCACGCUGUUACCGGAAAAACUCAUAAGCAAAUACAACUGGAUCAAGCAGUGGAAACUUGGGCUGAAAUUUGAAGGGAAGAGUGAGGACCUGGUUGAUAGAAUUAAGAAGUCGCUCACUCUGCUCAGGAAGAAGUGGGCAGGCUUGGCUGAACUGAACUCUGCUGAAGCAAGGCAGAUGGCUUGUGAUGAACUGUUCUCAAAUGAAGAAGAGGAAUAUAGCCUCUAUGAAGCCGUAAAAUUUCUAAUGCUAAACAUAGCCAUUGAACUAUAUGAUGAUAAAGAGAAGGGAAAGGAAGUACCAUUUUUUUCUGUGCUUCUGUUUGCUCGGGACACAUCAAGUGACCCUGGACAGCUGCUGAAGAACCAUCUAAACCAGGUGGGACACACAGGUGGCCUUGAACAGGUUGAAAUGUUCCUUCUUGCCUAUGCUGUGCGCCACACCAUCCAGGUGUACCGGCUCUCCAAGUACAGCACUGAAGAGUUCAUCACGGUCUACCCCACUGACCCACCCAUGGGCUGGCCGGUGGUGACCUUGAUUGCUGAGGAUGAUCGGCACUACAACAUCCCCGUCCGAGUGUGCGAGGAGACGAGUCUGUGAGAGAUGUGAGCCUGGACAGCCUGGCGAUGAGGCUGGUUGCACAGGCAGCUCCUCAGCCUGGGCUGCAGGCCUCUUGGAAUGACCGAGAGGAACUCGUGCGCUCUGGGAGCCACGCCAGAGUGCGAUGUCCCGAGGACUAGGUUCUGAUGACAAUUAACCACGUGUUAUCCUGCAUCUGUGAUGCAGUGUGUUGCAGUGGAGCCUUCAGAGCACACCUGUUAGAAGUGCUACACAAACUACAUCUCCGUAAAACAAAUCUUUUAUAUCAGAGGAGGAGAGGAAUAUGCUCUUUAUAUCUCAAAUCAAAACUCCCUCUAAACAGUAAAUUAGCUUUCAGUUAUUUUUAAGGUAGAAAUUUUUUUUGUUUUGGUGGCAUUGGGUCUCUGUCAUGCCCUCCCUGUGCAGUCUGCUUACUGGGUAUAACUCAGUUAAUGGUACAGUCGUACAGCCUCUGAUAGUCUUGUUGAGCAGUGGUUUGGGUUGCGUAUUAAGCUAUUCUAAGCAGAUUGUCUCAUCAAAGAGUAAAAGUUGGGUCCAAACUUGAGUUAUUUGGAGGCUGGAGAAGGAGCUGCAGGAGGGUGGCGAUGGCACCUGGAACUCCUUGCACCACGAGUUGUGAUGGGCCUGAGGUGGCAGAUGUACUGGGUCUGGUGCUGGGUGCAGGUGGGACCUUGCCAGCUGGGUGAGCUUGUAACUCAGCCCCAGUGUCAAGCUGCUCCUUUUUCUCGUCCAUCAACUCACUGUUUUAUAGUCAGAGCAGAGCGUGGAUCUACCUGCUGCUUUAGAGGAGGGACCAGGGCCAAAGGGCUUCAGGCACUCACCUGAGUUCAGAGGUGGGGAUGAGCUGGAUCCCAGGCAGGUCCUCCUGUGCCCCUCUGCCUGCUGUGUCUUUGGGGAUGCUUCCAUUGCCAAGUUCCUGUAGCCCUUCUGCGGCUGGGGAUGAGUAACAGUGCAUAAGAGAUUUCAUGCAUAGAUUCAAGCUGAGGCCUAUACUAAAACUGUGUGCAGAAGCUGGGCCAAGCUGCAUCUGCCCUUGGUUUGAUUUGGGAAGCUGAAGGUGGCAGCAGUCCUGGUCAGGAGCUAUCCUGCACCUGCCACAGGCCAGGGUGGUGACUGUGGGAGGGGAUGGAACAGGAUGGGCAGCCUGGCUGGGCAUGGUCUGCAUUAGUCCUGACUCGCCCACCUGGGGUGUGGACUGAGGGCAUAGAUCCCAGGAACGAGCGCACCACUCUAGGGAUGUAUCAGCCUCCGGAAUUGCUUCAACGUCCAUGGAGGUGCCAUGACCCUGAAGCACCGAGCCUUAUUUUAUAGUAAUUAACAUCUCUAUUUGGUCCAAUUUAAUAUAGUUGAUAAGCUAUCAAUCUUUUUGGGGGGAGGGGCAAAGAUUUUUGGAAUAUUCAAGUUUUGCUUUCACUUAAAAAUUAAAAUUCUUAGUUGAGAAAACUCAGAGGACACACAGAACUAUGCAAACUGUUAGACUCUUUUCCCCAUUACCUCAUCAGUAAUAUUCACCACAUUCUGGUAGGUGUUUAUUCACUAGUGUUUGAAUCGAGUUAUGUUGUAAAUGUGUGUGAAUGUGCUGGAGAGGCUUUGCGUUUUUCACUGUGAAGCCUAGUGGUGCCUCUGCUAAGGUGGUACCCAGAAGCCAAAUUAAAGUAACAAUAAUGACUCCUUGUUGGCUUUGAUGCUUCACCUUACGUGCAGCUGCACAAUAGGAAGUGCACGCCAUUCAUUAUAGGACAGUUUUUUAAAGCACAACCUCAAAUGUUUAGAUUGCCCAAGGCAAUCAGGGUCUGUGACCUUCCUGGGUGUGUUGAAUCUGACUCUUGGUUCAUAUCCGCUAUUGAAUUUAAAAUAACUCAGGAUAAUACUCAUGGUGAUCUAAUUUUGCAUUUUGAAAAUGUUCUAAUCUUAACUUGAACUGGACUUCUGGGCAACUUAAUUGUUUGCAUUCAUGCUUUUGUUCCUAUGUGUGAUAUUAUUAGAGUGCAUGCAGAAAUUGUGGUUACUUCACCACCACAUUGAUAAAAAUUUGAAAGGAUGAAGUUAAGUUGCUUUCUGUUUGAGGCUUUAUUAGACUCUGCUCUCAAACUGUCAUGCAGGCUUAGUGGGAUCACAGCAUCAGAGAAGCAAAGCUUUCAAAAAUAUACUACUUCAGGAAAUAGAAAUGAUUAGCCAACUUUGAAAACAACAAUUUUUUGUUGCAACAUGCAAUUUCAGUUGCCCAGAGUCUUAAUUCCACUUCUCAUUUUUGGUCUUGAGCUGGUUGGGUGACAGCAGCAGAAUAGAAAUUGAAUUGAGACCAAAAUGGAUUCAGGAAGGUUAUCUCCUUAGAGGCAUCUCUAAAAUGAUUCUAGAAAAAGGGCAGGUAGGGGGAACUACACUGUGCUUUUUUAUUGCAAGAGUUCAGAAGUUUUGGACCUAUGGUCUUGGCAAAAAGAUUAUCUCCAUCUUAAGGAGGCAGCAGAUUAGGCCUUUGAACUCAUUUAAGGUGCAUUUGAACCUAAAAGAAUUGCCCUGUAACAAGUUCCAUGGAGUUAACAUUGCUUCUUCAGAACUUUUUCCAAUUGCCCUCCUCACCUGCUUAGCUGUUCUGCACAUCCAGCACCCAUUGUUUCCCUCAUACCCAUGGAACAGUGAUGGCGGCAGUUGAGAAUAGAAGGCCAGUGUGAGGUCUCUCCCACAUGAUCUGGGCAUAGGUGGGAUUUGAUCUGAAAUGUUUACAGUUCCUCUUCCUCAGAAUAUGGCAUAUCUGACGGUGUUGUAAAGGCACAGAACAGCGUUGACCAUGCAUUUUGUAUCUAGCCAUUUACACUUUUCUUACACUGUUACAUACUCAGUUGAUAUUUGAUGAAAUUGUUCUUUGAUUAAGGAAAACAGAUAUUGCUUUUGUAUCCUUUCAUUAUUUUCUCCCUCCAAUUCUAGCGCUCAUUUGGUAAAAUCUCAUACUACAUGAGUCUUGACACCUCUGUUGGAAGAAACAACUUGUGAAUUUUCAUAUACUUGCUGUAAGAGGCUAUGUUAUUAUUCUCCUGCCCUCCUUGUCACCCUGAGGUGCUAUUUUAACCUAGGAGUUUGUAGUCUGCCUUUUGAAGACCUUCCAGAUAACAACUGCGAAGUGCUGUAUUGCCAUUAAUGACCUAGCUCUUUUACCAUCCUAUGUGUAUACAUAGAACUCAAACAGACUUCUGUAUAUGUCUCCUUUUUGAUGUUAAAGUUUGGUUAUUUUCCCCUCGCUCUUUGUUAAGCAGUACUUUGCAGGCACUCCCCCUUGAGAGACAAAGUAUUUUCAGAAAUAUUGACCUACAGGAAAUCUAACUUGUAGGCAUGCAUAAAAAAUAAGUGCCUUUUAAAAAACAUCUGUGAGUACUUAAGCAAUAAAAAGGAAUGUCACCAAUGCUUGUGAAGUGAAUCUGAAAUGUGUAUGAAAGGCAUAGAAUCCCCAAAUAGUUCAGCAAAAUGCAGGGCACAGUGUCAAGUGAUUUUAAAAUGGCCUGUGAAACUGAACUGCAGGAGAAGGAACUGGUUCUAAAUUAAAGAUGCCACUUAAAAACAAAACAGCAGACAUGUGACAGUCCUCCUGGACUUAAGUUGUAAAAGGAUAAAAAUCUGAAUGGAAAGACUUCUGCACAUGGAUUCUGAAAAUUCCUUUUUCUGAAGUGUAUUAAGUCCCCUACAUAACAGAAAUAUAAUAUUUUAUGCUUAAAUCUUUUAGGAAACCUCAUUGGUGAUCUCUUCUGAGGAGGGAGAGACACUAGGGAGCCAGUGCUGAGUUGUGCAGGCAGUAAAGAUGGGUGACUGGUUAUUUCUGCUUCUGUAAUUCAGUUUCUAGCUUGGAGCCAUGAAAUUACGGCACUAAACUGGUUUGGCUGCCUGCCACCCCUGGUGGCAGCUGCCGUAGGGGCAAGGUGGGCUCGGCCAUGCCAGGAGGGGUGUGUGUACAUACAUGUAUGCAAGUGUGUGUGUGCUGGUCUGCAGUCACAUAGUGACUUUGGGUAUUGAGGUCCCACAGUGUGGAGCCCAGCAGCACUUGGGAGGGUGAAGGUGAGCUGUCCCAUUUAUAUUUUUUUCAUGGUAAAUUGAAAUUUCUUACUGAGAAUUGUGGAAUGGGUUAAUACAUAUAAUUAAACUAUCAGAAUGGCCAUUAAGUCUGGAAAUAUAGAUAUAUUAGUUAUACUGAAAUGUCAUAUCAGCAAACCAUUUAUUACAUAUCUGUUCCUAGGCCUUUUAUGGCAACUCCUGUAUUUAAAUAUUUUCAGUGCUUAUUAAUAGAGCUGUUACUGGUGGAGAGCACCAACUGGAGUUAUAGCUCAGUCCUGUUGAUUCUUGGGUGUAAGUCUGGAUCAGGAAUGAAGUGUGAUGAUAUCACUCACUGGAGCAUGAGUAAUACAAAGAAAGCAUAUGGGGCUUGAAAUAUCCAUGGCUUGGCAGUUGUCUUCCCAGUAACCAGGGGUGGUUGAGCUUAAUUAUGAACUUGAAAAUAAUUUUUGUGUUAAUUUUAAGAGCUUUUAUCUAUUGAAAAAUGCCUUGCUCUGUAUUCACAGAAAUGGUGCUAAAAUAUGGUACCCCUUGCAGGAGCCAUAGCAAUCCUUGGUAACGAUUACUGCAGAGUAUUUCAGUGUGGGAACAAAGCCAAAAUGAAUGUAUUUAAUGAGCUCCGUUCUCAUUUCCAUUGUUUUUGUAAAAAUGUUUUGUUACCGUUACCUGCAUUUUGGCAGCUUCUAACUUUGGGGAGGCUAACAACCCGACUUCCACCUGUGGCGGUUGUUUUUCUCCGCCCUGGGCUGGGCGGUGAAGGGAGGGUGGCGGGGAACUCAGUGUGAACCUGGCCCCACUUGUCCUGGCUUGUUUAGCAAAAUCUCCUCUGUUUACACUGUAAAAUGUCAGCAUUUGUCAAAAACUUCUGAUCUGAAAAACUGUUCCCCAAGGUUCUGGUCAGUGUGGGGCCUUGCUUCCCUCUUGGAGCCACGGCCAGGUGCCUGCCUCUUGGGGGUGGGGGUUCCCCUGUGACUUGUUGAGGCUCCUGUCUUCACAGUCAGAGGCCAAGCCACUUGGGGUUUGCUGUUGAUCCCCUUUAACAAAUCUGGCUGCUGAGGACUGUAAAAAUAAAUAAGUAAAAAUAAACUUAGAAAAUAAAAAUGCAGAAGCCUG